CUCGAUGUGAGAGGGCGCUGUCGACAAGAACAUGGCCACCUGAAUGGAAUUGAUCAAAUUAGUGUACAGAAAGGAUAAAGAGACACACAAGGCCAAAAACAAAGCUGGAGUCUACUGUGACUUUUUGCAGGUGUAGUAGGUCAGCUAGAGGUGUGACAGAUAGACAAACUACUCUGGAUUGGAGUUUUUCAAUAUGACUGCAGAAAAAAUGUCGGUUAAUUCUGAUUCGAAUGGAUUGAAUCAUCUGAUAAGUCAGUUAGUUGGAAAAAUAGGUGAAGAAGAGGUAGCAAAACUAUUAAACGUCGCUUCUAAUUGCUUAGAAGACGGGGGACUUAUCAUUUCACAAGCCAAAGCAAUUUCAGAAAUUUCAGAUAACGAGAUUUUAUACGUAAAUAACGCAAAAAGUAAAUCUAAAGGUAAAAAAGGUUCAAACACGGAGAGCGAUUAUGAUUCUGAUACACAAAAAGAAUUCGAAGACAAAAAUAGAAGUUGCAGCAAAUCUCAUUGUCAGAAGAAUUCUAAAUCUAGAAGUGAUAAAACUGUUAGCAGUAAAAAACAGAAAUUGUCGUCGGAAGAAUCUAGCGUCAAAAGAAAAAAAAUAUCUUCGGAUAAGAUACAAAAUAAGGUUUGCUCACGAAAAUCCAUUUCCGAAUUAGAUAAUUCUUGCAGCUCAGAGAAUGCAUCAUCGUCCAAUACGUGUGAGAGCGAUUCAAAAAUACAAGAAGAUUCCACCGACCAGUCUGUAAAUCUAUCGAGAAAUGAUUCGGGUACGUCAGAUAAAGCGAGUACAAAUAAUAAAACGAUAAAAAGAACAAAACUCUACACGGAUAAAAAAUCUUUAAAGUGCCAGAAAAACGCCCCUCAAGAGGGGAUAAACGAAUCGGAAAAAUCAAACAGUAAAGAUUCAAAAGUAAAUUCUACGACUAAGCAAAACAGUCAACGGAAUGAUUUAAAUAAGAAUUUAGAGAAAACAGACAAAAGUAACCAUACAAAAUCUCAGCAGAGAACAGAUUGCAAUAUACAAACGGAUGCAAACACAAGCAAUGUGGAUGAUUCAAAUAAACAACAGGAGGAACAUCCAAAUACGGAAUGUAAUAAAUCAAACCCUAGGAAAAAAUUAAGAAGAGACAGUUUCACGUCGCAAUUCAGAGUUUUGAGAUCUCACUUAGUGUCCAGUUGUUCUUCGGAGGAUAAGUCGAACUCUCCUCUGAAGGAAAAUUUCGAUAAUAUAGUUUGUAAUCUUGAUAAAUCUUCAAAAUACGACGACAAAUUAAUUAACCAACAAGAUUUCGCUAAUGACUUAGGAGAUGCGAAGGGGAAGAAUGACAAAAAUUUGGAAGUAACGACUACAAAAAAGCAGAAAAUUGUGGAAAACAAAGAGGAAAGUUUUCAAGAUCAGUCAAAACCAGAUCCAAAUAAACAAUCGAAUUCUAAAAGAAAUUUAAAAAGGAAACAAAGUUCGGUUCAAAUUCAGAAAGAUUUAUCAAAGUCUUCCGAACAAACUUCUACGGGAGACAAAACAUCCGAUGAAGUUAGAAGUAAAAUUGGAGGGCAGAUUAGGGACGAAAGUCCUCGGGUGCAAACGAGCGAAAAUAAGCAAUCGCCGGCGAGUAAGAAGAGAGCGGUUUUAGAUUCGCUUAAAAAAGAUUUAAACGAAGAGGAAGAAAAGCGCAAAAUUACAGAGCAGACCGCACGGGAUUCGGCAGAUUGCGAUGUUAAAAAUGUGGCCCGACAGACUUCCGCCACGUCCAAAACAGAAAAGGAAGAAACACGCGGGAACAAACGGGCACGUAGCGGCGAAUACGACGGCAAAGAAAUGGAAGAAGUAAACACUAAAAGUAAACAGAAUUCUAUUUCAGAUUUUACUUCUUUAAUUAAAUCUUGUUACGUUAAUUUGAAAAGAGAAGAUUUAGAGAAAAAGAUGACGGAAGGGAAAAAUGUUACCAGUAAAAGAGACGAUAAGCCCAACGAAGACGAUUUAAAUAGAGACGGUAAAGAUCAGAAAAUUUCUAGUAAAUUAAAUGAAAGCGAGAAAAUAUUUAAAUCGUCUUCGUUAGGGGAAAAGAAAGAUCAGUUAUGGGAUAAGCGAGAGACGAAAGAGAAUAAACAAGUACAAAGAAAAGACGAAAAGUUGCGCGACGUUAACGAGUCUAUUAAAAUUAAAAGAACGUUUACUUUAAAAAAUGAUAACGCGAAGAAAGUGGAAUGUUCGAGCAAAGAACAAAAUACACGCGCGCAACAAUCACAAAAGCCAAAAUCCAGUAAAAGAGAAAAUACUCCAACGGAUGCUAAAAUAUUAAAUAAUGAAAAUUCUUUAGAAGCUGUAGAUUUUAAAGACGAAGAGAAAACAUCGGAAACAGAUUUUGCCGAAAAGCAAACAAAAGAAGUUCAAAGCAAAAUUCUUGCAAACAAAACGAAAUUAACACGCAAAAAGAGUUUGGUAGGACAAGAUGUAACUCCUAAAAGGCAAUUAAUCGAAGACGAGGAUGAAAGUGUAAAUAACGAAAAUAGAUCUGUCAAUAAAGACAAGUUAACCGAACACAUAUCACAAAAAGUAGUAGUCAAAGCUAAGAAUAUUAAAGAUAAAAAUGAAAAUAUUAUAAGUAUCGCGGAUCGAAGCAAAAGUCCGUGCAGUAAGGAUAAAAACAGAAGUCUAAACGUCAAGGAUCAGAAUAAAACCUCGAAUAAUAAGGAUCAGAACAAAGGACAAACUGAUAAGGAUAAAUGCACCGAUAAAAUCAGUUCGGAUGAAAGUAGCGAGAAACAGUCGAAUAAAAAUCAACGCAAAGAUGUAGAUAGUACGGAUAAAUCAAUAAAUAAAGACCAAGUACUUAAAAAACAAACACAAAAUAUCAGUUGCGGAAAAGACCGAACCGAAAAUAAUAAGAAAUCGGUGGAUAAAGAGGAUUUAGUUAAAGAAGUGGCGCGAGAAGAAACUGCCAAAAAACAAUUGUCGCAGACAGAAAAUAAGGCGAGAAAGUUAAGAAGAUUACAAAUUAACACGCAAAUAAUUAAGAAUAACGAAAAAACUAAAGUUAAGUCGACAAUCAAACCUCCAUCGCCCGUUAAGAAAGGAAGCGGUUCGCGAGAUAACAAAGAGAAAAUUUCUGCGAAGAAAGAAGUAAACGUCAGACAAGAACAAUUAGAAGAUAAACUAAAAAUCAAAAGUUCGGCAACCGAAAAUAAAGAACCCGAGUCUCCGAAUAUUGUAAAAAUACAAAAUAUAAAUCGUAACGAUUAUUUUUCUCGCGAGACAGAACAUUCGAGCACUAAUAAAAGUAAAUGUACGAAAACAACAACAAACGUUUUAAAUCUAAAACGUAAAACGGAAGAUUCGUCAAAUGCCAGUGCAAAUAAAAUAGAUCCAGGCAAAGUUUCGUCCAAAACUAGUACAAAUUCAUCGAAUUCCGCUAUAACCAUAAAGAAAGACACUAAAAUUUCUGUUAAAUUACAUAAAAAAGACGAAUUAUCUUUAAAAAGUAACGAAAACAUCAAAAAGGAGUGCGUAGAAAGUUUAAACGAUGCUAAAUUAAGUAACCAAAGAUCGAAAGUUUGCGAAGCAAAGAAGCAGUCGACGGAGACAAAAAUAAACGAUACGCCUACCGUCGGAGGAAACGUAACCGUCGAAUCGCAUCGCUUACAAAUUAGAAAAUUAAAAAGAAAUAAUAUCGUCAGACAGAGAAUUCUAAAGUCAGAAACAGUACCAAAAUCACUCGAUUCCUUGGCAGGAAAUAGCGGUAAAGGCGGUUCGUUAUCGGCUAGUCACUGGCCGGAUGACGAUAAAAAGGACGACGUAGCUAAAACUAAGAAGGGUGUUAAUGACGAUAACUUAUCCAAAGAUAAAAAUAUAGAAAAAGAAGUCAAAGAAACUACAUCAGAUACAGUAAGUAAGAAAGAGAAAGAACAGAAUCGCAAGUUAUACGGGGAGGAAGUAUUUACUAUUAAAGAUGAUAUAAGAAUAACGAAGAAUAUUUCCGAUCCAUCGAACAGGCGGAUCAGCGUAGUUAAAAAUACAGAGUCUCGUACUUUAAAAAGGAGUGGCGAUCAGAGGGAAAAGGCAUCGGCGGACACGUUACAAAAUUCGAAAGGGAACGAAAGCCGGAACGAUUCCGUCGCCGUUAAGAAAAUUAAAACGGCGGAUAAAUUGGAAAGCGUCGAAAAGGGCGACGAUAAAGUAAGUAAAAGUAUAACACUUACGGACGACACAAUAAAAUCUAUAGCCACGAAAGUACUUAAAAAUAUUAGCAAAAUCAAAUCCGACGAAAGAAACGAUACGGAAGCAAAACCGACAGAAAAAUUACAGAAAACUUCGAACGUCAAAAGAAAAACGGAAGAAAAUUCAGAUAAAUCUUGCGAUUUUAUAGAAAACAAUAGUAAUUCGGCGAAAAAUCGGGUGGAAAAGUGUGUUAAAAAACCAUUUAAAAUCGAAGAAGAUAACGGCGUAUCUCGGUUAGAAAUUUGGAAAACCGAAACGGAAGAAGCAUCACAUAAUACCCGGAUGGACGAUUUAAUUAUAAAUAAUGCGGCGAAAGAAAACGAAAACGGCGAGUUAUUACCACUUAUUUUGGACGUUCGUCAGGUGAGCUCGUCGGAAUGGGAGUUGUCCGACUCGCUGGACGCCGCCAAAAUCUCCGAAAAUAUUUCUCUCCAGGCGAACGAAAGCCAUCGGCAGAUUUACGCAUCUUCGGAAUCGCUGGAUAAAUACGCCGAUCUGAAGCAGCAGUUUAACGAGGCGGGAAUUAGUUUGGAAGAGGCCGUGAAGUUUAUCGAUGUGGAAAAACUGAAAAGUGCGAUAGAAAGCGGCGAAGACGACACCUGCGUUCUGUUAGGAAGGACUCAUUGCUGUCAGUUUAACGGACAGAUUGUUAAACCUUCCCUGGUCGUCAUUAAGUCUUACAAGAAAUUUACGGAAGCGAAAGAUGCGGUGUGGUGCAGGAGGUACGGAGUGAAACGGUGUCGCGUAGUUUUGAACGGUCUCCGCUUCGAUUCGUAGUCAUUAUUUUAUUAAUAUAAUUCUGUACAAAAAGUUCUUUGUAGUAUUUUUAUAUUUUGCUUUUAACUUUCCUUUAAAUUCCGUUCGAAGCCAAGACGCUUCGAUUACCGAGAAAUAAAUUAUUACGCGUACACAGCGAUGUAAAAAAAGGAACCGCUAAUUGGAUGGUUAAAGAAGAAAAUGUAAGAAAAACAUUUUAAUUUUAAAUAUUGUUGAAUUAAUGGAUAUUUUCGAGAAGAAAUUCUUAUUUGAAAUUAUGAAAAUGUUUCACUGUAAAAGCUGCAGCCUUUCAUAUUUUAAGUGUACAAAGUAAAGACGUUUUACUAAUAAAAG